CGUCCGUGUGAGGAGUCUGGGGUUGGGGAACGAGACGACAGCCGGCAGGCAGCCUGCAUCAGGAUGGCGGCCGUCGUGAAUUACUCUCCGCCCUGGUGGGUGAAUCUGCUCCACCGGUUGCCUCAUUUCAACAUUGAAUUUCAACUCGUGAGCAGCGACUUCAGGCCGGAGGACUCCGAAUACCAGAAGUCUGUGCUGCUCCUGGGCUCCGUGGCCUUGUUGUGCUUGGCUCUGGAUCUCCUCUUCCUCCUCUUCUACUCCUUCUGGCUGUGCUGCCGGAGACGCAAGAGCGACGACUCCUCGCACUCCCAUACGCACUCCCAGCAGCCGAGCGCCGACUGCUGCUGCACCGCCUGGUGCGUCAUCAUCGCCACACUCGUCUGCAGCGCUGGCAUCGCUGUAGGAUUCUAUGGAAACGGGGAGUCGAGCGAUGGAGCCACUCGCUUGGCGUACUCCCUCCGUCAUGCCAAUCGCACUGUGUCCGGGGUGGAGAAACUGGUGUCAGACAGCGCCCUCGCCUUAAACCAGACCGUGGAGGAAAGCUUAGUCCAGUUAGAGACGGCCUUCCAGGAUCAGACGGACUACGUGUCCAUCGUCCAAAAGCUGCAGGGACAGCUGGACGAGCUGGUGAGGCUGAUGGUCGACGUCCCCUUCUGGUCCAAUAGUGAAGUCUCUCUGGAGGACUUGGCCCGUAAGACGGAAGCCUUUGACUUUUACAGGUGGUUGGGAUACCUCGGCCUGCUGCUGUUCGACGUCCUCAUUUGUCUUCUGGUGCUUUUUGGACUGAUCCGGAACUCCCGAGGCACUCUGAUUGGAGUGUGUCUGCUGGGCGUCCUGACUCUCAUCAUCAGCUGGGGGUCUCUUGGCCUGGAACUGGCUGUCGCUGCUUCGGCCAGCGACUUCUGCGUCUCUCCAGAUACUUACAUCACCCGGGUAACCAAGGAAAACGCCGUCAUCAACCAAGAUAUCCUGCAGUACUACCUGAGAUGCAACACUGGACAAAUCAACCCCUUCCAGCAGCGACUGUCAGGGAGUCACAAAGCACUGGUGGAGAUGCAGGAUGAUGUGGCAGAGCUACUGAGGUCAGCGACGCGCGACUACGCCAACACCAAGGGGAGCCUCGAGCAAAUCCAGUCUGUGCUGAAUUCCACCGAGGUCGGCCUCCACCAGCUGACGGCUCUGGUCGACUGCCGCAGCCUCCACAUGGACUACGUCCAGGCUCUGACCGGCCUGUGCUACGACGGGGUGGAGGGCCUCAUCUACCUGGUUCUCUUCUCAUUUGUCACUGCUCUGAUGUUCUCUUCUAUUGUGUGCAGUGUGCCACACACCUGGCCUGGCAAGAGGACGGAUGAGGAAGACGGAGAGGACGAGUCGGGCGCGUCGCGCGGCGGCGUGCACGAUAACCUGUACCGCGUUCACAUGCCCAGUCUCUACAGCUGUGGCUCCAGCUACGGUAGCGAAGCUAGCCUGCCCGCGACAGCCCACACUGUCAGCAAUGCCCCCGUCACUGAAUACAUGAGCCAGAACGCAAACUUUCAGAACCCUCGGUGUGAGAACACCCCCCUGAUUGGCAGGGAGUCCCCUCCACCCUCUUACACCUCCAGUAUGAGAGCCAAGUACCUGGCCACCAACCGACCGGACCAGAACCGACGCUCCGUUCCCAACGACCAACUGGACCCCGCCAGCCGGCCCCACCCCACCGCCCGCCCCCAGUCCUCCGUCCACUAGAGGGCGCCUGCACCCAGCACUGCCUGAAUCCAGUUCUCACAGCCGACAGGAAGACCCCCACGCCGCGCUCACACCAGCGCCGAGUGCUGCCAGGCACCAACGGGACCUCCCAACCCCCCCAUCCCCCCCCGCCGCAUGUGGAGGUCCGCCGAACUUCAACCACACCGACCGGUUCAUCAGAACAGCCAGAAGUCACAGCCAGCACACCCCGGGGCCACGCCCACCUCGGGGCCACGCCCACCCCGGGGCCACGCCCACCUUCAUCUGCAGUUAUCCUGCCAUGUCCAAGAUCUCCACCCCUACGUCUUCAUCCCAGCUGCUCGCUCCACCACGCC